UGGAAACUCCUGUAACAGUUUGCUUAUAUAAAUAUAUGGAUCUUGGUAUAAUUCUACCCCACCCGCUUUUAUAUUUCAACCACCUACUCUCCCCUCCUAUCUGUAUAAAUUGAAGUGAUUCUUGAAAUCCUCGAUAUCAUUCUACAACUAAUCAAACAUGGACCAAAAACAUGAAAUGGCAGUAAGCAAGAUGCGGGAACUAGUGGAGACCCAAGGAAUUCCAACUCAGAAGUGUUUGGAUCAAACCUUUUUAAGAUUUCUGAAAGCAAAAUCAAUGAACCCAGAAAAGGCUGCAAAGAUGUUUGUUGAACGGGAAAAAUGGAGGGAAGAAUUCGUUCCAUUAGGUUUCAUACCUGAGAGCGAAAUAGCAGAUCAAUUGGGUGAUAAAAAGAUUUACUUACAAGGACUGACUAAAAUCGGACAACAUCCAUUUCUGAUCUGUAUAAGUAGCAGACACUUCACUUCAGCAUCCAAAGAUCCACUUCAAUUUAAGAAGUUCAUAGUCUAUCUAUUUGACAAAGCAAUAGCCAGUUCUUUCAAUGAGGGAAAAGAAAUAGGGAAUGAAAAGAUAAUGGCAGCCGUGGAUUUAAAAAGUUUCCCUUAUAAGAGUAUUGACGCCCGUGGUUUCACUAUUACCUUCAACCUUCUGAAGGCUUACUAUCCCGGGAGACUAGGAAAAAUGUAUAUGUUAAAUGCCCCGGGGUUCUUUGUUAGUUUCUGGAGGAUGUUUUCUGUCUUUCUAGAUAAAGAUAUCCAAGAAAGAAUCAUAUUUGUGAGCAGUGAGAAAGAGAAAGAGAGUUUUAUUAAGGAAAUUGGUGGGGAGAUACUACCAGAAGAAAAUGGUGGCCAAUCAAAGCUCAUCGCUGUUCAAGAUGUCAUUAUUCAUUCCCAGAUCAACGAUCCCAUGAGUUAAAUAUUAAUGUAUCUUGAAAGUCUAUACGUGCUUCAAUGUUCAAUAUUACUAUCAGAUAACCUAA